AGAUUACCUCAAGAAAGACAACUUUAUUGGUAAAGGAGGUGCGGGUAUAAUCUACAACGGACUUAUGCCUAACGGUGAACAAGUUGCUGUGAAUAGGUUUCCAGCAAUGAGCCAUGGAUUCACAUGAUCACGGGUUCAAUGCAGAAUUACAGACUCUUGGGAGGAUCUGGCACAGACACAUUGUCAAAUUAUUAGAUUUCUGUUCAAACUAUGAGACAAAUCCUUUGGUUUAUGAGUACAUGCCAAAUGGGAUUUAACUGAAAUGAUCCAUGGCAAAAAAGGUGGGCAUUCACAUUAGGACACAAGGCAUCUUAUAUUGCCUCUUUGGGUUUCGCCUGUGCACAAUCCAAUGCUUAUUUGGGUAUCAUGUGAUUUCCAAAUCCUUAAUUUUGGAGUUAGUUUAAUUGGAAUUUUGGGUUUGGUUUCUUUUGCAUCUAUUGCAAAAAAAAGAAUAUUUGAUAUUUAGUUUCAUGAUUUGGUGUUGGAGUACCUUGCUCACAUAUUGCUACAACUUUAUUUUAAAUUCUUUCUACAGAUGAUCUUUCUUGGUAAGCGGUCUUUUAAGUUAUGGAUUCACAUGAGUUUUGAUGACACUGGCUUUUGUAGAAGUUUACAGAUCCGCUUUGGCUAUCACAUCUCCACCGAGAUCACGAGGACAAACGUGUUGGAAUCCCUCUCCUUAAGCUCUGGUUCAUCUCCUGGUUGUCACGAUCUGUUUGGCGUUGAAGAUCUCCUCCUUCAUGUAGAUCGUGACCUUCUUCACGCAUGGGAAGCUCCGGGACGCGACAGGAACGCUCUACAUCAGCAUAUAUUCUGUAUUUUCCCUCUCAAUCGCUCCAAUGAGGCCGUUGACAGUGCUACUGUCUUGCCAAAACCAGUGGCAGCAACCACUUCUCCUCUCUCGGACCGGGCAGAUCUUGAUUGUGGGAGUAAGGAGACAGCCCACAAUAAACCCACUGCCAUUCCCGUGACAGUUGUGGCAGAGGGUGUUCCUGAAACCAGCCGGAAAAAGAAGGGUCAGGGCAAACUUCCUGCCGUGACUAAGGCAGUAGCCCAGACCACCAGAUUUGAACAACCGUCCUUGACUUAUCAGAAUGAUACACUUGGAGAUGCCGGAGCCCAAACAGCACCCACUCCCACGCCAUUCGCAGCGUCUAAGGCGCCAGUUUCGGAGGCUAAGCAAAGGGGCGAAAGCAAGGGUAAACCGUCGGGUAAAGCAACACCUAAAGACGCACCCAAGCCAGAGAAACCACUAUUCCAGGGGGUGAAGGGUCCCAAGAACACAAGCUUGCAGGAGACAACAAUACAAGAAGAAAAUGAAGAAAGGGAAGACAUACUCGUUGCAAGGGUGGAUAAUGCUGAGUUUAUAUCAGCUGCAAGUGGGUUAGGCUAUGGUUGUGACAAGGCCCUUGAAAGGGGAUAUAUAGGUGCUAAAAAGGGGACUGAACUAUUUGUAAUGAAGGGGAUCAGAGAUACUGACUCAGGAAAGUAACUGAUGCACCCUAAUCAAGAGAGCAAACAGAUCUUGACAGUCACAAAGCAAAGAGUAUAUGGUUACAGAGCCUCAGACCUCUCUUCUUCUUUUUGAAGAGCUUCCACGCCCGUAACAAAAUCAACCACACAAUAUUAAAUAAUUUUUGAAGAUUACUUUACAAAAUUGAAAUGAAAAAACUGAAAUAUA